AUGGGCAGAAUCUCGGAAGAAAGCGCAAGCACUAGAUCGUCCUUUGACGCCGAGGGUGGAGAGGGUCUUCCGCUGUACUCUGACAUCUCCGUUGCUCAAACUGGCGAGCUCGUCGCGCCAGACCCGAAAGCCACACCUGAUGAAGUCCGCGAUUUCUUGGUUCGACUUUUGAUCAAGAAUAGAGGGUUACAUGAAGAUCAUGCCAGACGCGUUGCUUCGAAAUGGACGCUCGGCACCGGUCGCGAGUUGAGUAGCUAUCCACCUCUCUUGUACGCCGAAAUCUUCGGUAUGGAGGAUGCAUGGAUGGUGUACAAAGAGGCCAAAUUGUUCAUCGAGCAAGAAAAGGCAGAGAAGGCGCCUAAAGGCGGUAAAUAUAUCGCUCUGUUUAUUAUGUCUGCUGUGGAGAGCAGCUUGAUCACAAUGGCCGUGAUUGCAGAUAGCGACCCCUUCCAACCGUUGGCAAUCACGGGAAGCAUCAUGUUCGGCUUCGCAUACCUCAUCUUUCUGCUUUGCACCUUUGUCGCUCACACGGUUCUAGAAGACAACAUUGAGGCAGAGCUACGCAAAGGUCUUGUCGAGAGGAACAAGGAUUAA